CGAGAUUUCUUCUGUCCAGUUAUAUUUCGAUCAUCGCUUUCCUGGCAUCUCGAUUCGACUUGAAAGGGAGACGGAACUCGGGGAAAAGCCAUGGCUCUAAAAGGACAAGAAGAUUAUAUUUACCUUUUCAAGGAUUCGACGCAUCCAGUGGAUUUUCUGGAUGCAUUCAAAACAUUUUACUUGGAUGGAUUAUUUACUGAUAUUACCCUUCAGUGUCCUUCAGGCAUAAUCUUCCAUUGUCACCGAGCUGUUUUAGCUGCUUGCAGCAAUUAUUUUAAAGCAAUGUUCACAGCUGACAUGAAAGAAAAAUUUAAAAAUAAAAUAAAAAUCUCUGGCAUACAACAUGAUAUCUUGGAAGGCCUUGUAAAUUAUGCAUACACGUCCCAAAUUGAGAUAACUAAAAGAAAUGUUCAAAGCCUGCUUGAAGCAGCAGAUCUGCUACAAUUCCUUUCGGUAAAGAAAGCAUGUGAGCAGUUUUUGGUAAGGCACUUGGAUAUUGAUAAUUGUAUUGGAAUGCACUCCUUUGCAGAAUUUCACGUGUGUCCAGAACUAGAGAAGGAAUCUCGAAGAAUUCUAUGCUCAAGGUUUAAGGAAGUAUGGCAACAAGAAGAAUUUCUGGAAAUCAGCCUUGAAAAGUUUCUCUUUAUCUUGUCCAGAAAGAAUCUCAGUGUUUGGAAAGAAGAAGCUGUCAUAGAGCCAGUUAUCAAGUGGACUGCUCAUGAUGUAGAAAAUCGAAUUGAAUGCCUGUAUAAUCUACUAAGCUAUAUCAACAUAGAUAUAGAUCCAGUGUAUUUAAAAGCAGCUUUGGGCCUUCAAAGAAGCUGCCUGUUAACUGAAAAUAAGAUCCGAUCUCUAAUAUACAAUGCUUUGAAUCCCAUGCAUAAAGAGAUUUCUCAGAGGUCCACAGCCACAAUGUAUAUCAUUGGAGGCUAUUACUGGCAUCCUUUAUCAGAGGUGCAUGUAUGGGAUCCUUUGACAAAUGUUUGGAUCCAGGGAGCAGAAAUACCAGAUUACACUAGGGAGAGCUAUGGUGUUACAUGUUUGGGACCCAAUAUUUAUGUAACCGGGGGUUACAGAACGGAUAACAUAGAAGCUCUUGACACAGUGUGGAUCUAUAACAGUGAAAGUGAUGAAUGGACAGAAGGUUUGCCAAUGCUCAAUGCCAGGUAUUACCACUGUGCAGUCACCUUGGGUGGCUGUGUCUAUGCUUUAGGUGGUUACAGAAAAGGGGCUCCAGCAGAAGAGGCCGAGUUCUAUGAUCCAUUAAAAGAGAAAUGGAUUCCUAUUGCAAACAUGAUUAAAGGCGUGGGAAAUGCUACUGCCUGUGUCUUACAUGAAGUUAUCUACGUCAUUGGCGGCCACUGUGGAUACAGAGGAAGCUGCACCUAUGACAAGGUCCAGAGCUACAAUUCAGAUAUCAAUGAAUGGAGCCUCAUCACCUCCAGUCCACAUCCAGGACUUACACAAGGAGGGACUUCAGCCAUACGCUGUGCUGGCUCUGAAGACAUCUUGGAGCUGUCUGACUCUCAGAACCAGAACAAACCUCUGAAUCUUCCUGCGCGUCUCCCAAAGUUUGUUUUAUCCAGAGACAAAGGAGGAAGAAUCCUUCAAGUUGGCCUGCUCACGAAAAACUCAAGAGGAUGAAAUGGAGAACUCCCAGGCCCUGCCUUGUACUCAGAGAAAAUGGGAGACUGCCUGACUGUGGACAUCACAAGAAUCUCAAGGCCCAGAACCUGACGGGCCUGACUGGCAUGGCUCGCUGAGUCUCAGAAUAAUCACCUUCUAUGGUAGCCUAAGUUGUUCCUAAGGCUUUGACUUGAGGAUAGCCCACCCUACAGAAUUGCUAAGAAAGGCAAACUUGGGGUGCACUCUGAAAGAUUGAAGGGAGGCUAUGGGGAGCCACAUUCACCCUCCAGCAUGUAUAUCCUGUUUAUAUCCUUUGCUCUGCUUGUUAGCUUAUCCAGAACAAAACCAAGGUAAUAUCAACUUGAGUGGAGGCCAAGUAUUUAUUCUCUCCAUUCCCUGAACCCAGACCAGAUUCCAUGGUCCAGUUUUCAGCUUACAUUAUAUCAUCCAGCUCUGUUUUUACAGUAAACGUAUUUAAUAAAAGAUGAUAAUUUAUGCACAGUGAGUAUUAUUUUAA